GUACUGUCUACAUCUUCAGUAGUACAUUCUACCGGCACUGUAAAAAAAAGCCUUGGCAUAAUUAUUAUCUAUAUAUUCAUUUCACACUUUCUUCUUUUGAAAAAAUCUAUUUUUUCUCCUCCCCAAUCGUUAAAAUGGAAAACAAUCCGCAGCAAACGGCGGUGACACAACCGGCGACGGCAGUGUCGUACCCAUCUCAGCCACAGUACCACCACCUCCUCCACCAGCAACAGCAGCAGCUCCAAAUGUUCUGGAACUGUCAACGGCAGGAAAUUGAGCAGGUGAACGAUUUUAAGAACCACCAGCUGCCUUUGGCUCGCAUUAAGAAGAUAAUGAAGGCUGAUGAAGAUGUGCGUAUGAUAUCGGCCGAGGCUCCAAUCCUCUUCGCGAAGGCGUGUGAGAUCUUUAUCCUCGAGCUGACAAUCAGAUCCUGGCUCCAUGCCGAGGAGAACAAGCGUCGUACGCUGCAGAAGAACGACAUAGCGGCUGCAAUCACGCGCACUGAUAUAUUUGAUUUUCUGGUGGAUAUUGUGCCGAGGGAUGAGAUCAAGGACGAGGCAGUGG